AUGGGCUGCGAUAUCAAGAAUUCCGUGGUUCAGGCUGAGGCCGCUCUGCCCUUACCACCGCCCGGAGCAGGCGAGCCGGAUACAGAAACGGACAUGGAAGUGAAGCGGGAAACCGAUGGAGGAAGUGUUGAUACGGAAACGUAUCCAGAGGGGGGCCUCAAGGCAUGGCUUAACAUGCUGGGGGCGUUUUGUGCCAUGGCCUGCACAUUUGGCUGGAUCAGUACGUUCGGGGUCUUUCAGGCAUACUACCAUACACACUUGCUCAAAGAAAACACCCAUUCCCAGAUAGCCUGGAUAGGAGGGCUGCAGGCCUUUUUUAUAUGCACUACGGGCCUGAUAUCUGGCCCCCUGGUGGAUAGAUACAGUCUCAAACCUAUAUUGAUCCCCUUUUCGCUCCUGGCUCUGCUAUCGGUGAUGAUCACCUCCAUCUGUGAAGAGUACUAUCAAUUCAUUCUCACACAAGGCGUACUAGGCGGUUUCAGCGUGGGGAUGCUGUAUACUCCAUCCAUUUCAAUUAUGGGUCACUACUUCCACCGCCGGCGCGAUCUAGCCAUCGCCGUCGCCUCCGCCGGCUCGCCCCUGGGCGGAGUGAUAUUCCCCAUCGCCCUGCUUCAGAUGCUGGAACACUCCUCUAUCGGAUUUGGUUGGGCUGUGCGGGGAGUUGGGCUGAUAUUUCUUUUCUUCCUCUGCAUUGCUUGCGCUACACUAACGCCCCGAGUGACUCCGCGGCGAGGACCGCACUUCCUCUCCGCCGCGUUCAGGGACCCGGUGUAUGUGUCUCAGCUGGUUGGUUACUGUUUGGUGUUCUGGGGCAUAUACACACCCUUUUUCUUCCUGCCAUCGUUCGCCAUUCUGCAGGGUGUCAGCGUCGAUUGGGCCUUUUAUAUACUACCCAUCUACAACACCGGUUCGUUUGUGGGACGCAUCGUGUGUGGUCGUCUAACCACCAUCUGCGGUCGGUUCAACACCUUGCUGGCAGCCAUACUCGUUUCGGCCGUGCUGAUGUUUUCCUGGAUUGCUGCAACAUCGCUGGCGGGCAUCAUUGUGUUUGCUGUGCUAUUUGGCUUCUCGUCCGGGGCUAUCAUUGGUCUCUUCCCCGCUGCAGUGGCCGUGACUGCGCCGAGAGCAAACCAGAUCGGAACGUACCUGGGCAUGACGAUGGGGGUGCUCGGACUGUUUUGUCUGACCAGUUCGCCGAUGAUGGGCGCCAUCGUGACCCGGUCCGGCGGUCAGUAUGACGAGGCGAUCAUUUUUAGCGCUGCCCUCAUUGCUGUGGGAGGGAGCUUGAUUGUGUUUGCUAGGGUGAAGCAUUCCGGCUGGAAACUGAUUGCUUGA